AUGAAUGAUGAGGAGAUGCGAUAUGCCGAACGGCUGAGUCUGCAACAUCAAGACCGCGUUCAGCAACAAAGAUCUGCUGAGGAAUCUAGAUUUGCCAUAGAAAUGGAAGCUCUUCCUGAUCCUGAUGAUAUGUUUGGAAAAGUCAGUAGCGACCGCUACAGUGACGAAGGAGAAGUAUUGAACCUACGGUCCCAAGCAGAUAGGGCGCCGAACAGACGGAAAGUGUACAUUUGGAUUUCCUUGAUAACAAUCUUGCUCCUCGUGGUGGUUGUAACACCAACCGUCACUGUUGUGAGUCGACAAAGUUCUUCUUCCGUUGGGGACGGGGAAGACAGCACACUAUCCGAGCAGCCACCCACUAGCAGCCCGGAAAACAAUGGCACCAACGGUCCUCCAAUGUCGACAGAAUGGGAUUAUUCAACGAUACCCUUUUCAACUGUUGAUCCUGCCAGCAAGUUGUAUAGUUAUGUACGACCAGAAGAAUCCUCUCCUUCCAACAGACUGAAUGCGUUACGGCAAUCUUUUACGCCGAAUGCUUCCAUUCAGCGAGAAAGCCAAUCUCGUCCUCUUCCAACCAGUGCUUGGUAUCAAAAUAUGCUCAUGCUGGAAGAGCAAGAAGAACCGACCACCACCAAUAGAGUAUAUGCCAUGCCCUAUGUGGUGGACGCCAGUGGCGAAAUUCCGGGUCUGAGGAUUCACACCUUUACCAAAGUGACAACCUACAAUACUGUCAAUCUGAAUGUGAAUGAACCUCAUGCAUUGACUUUGGGGGCAGCCUUGGACGUUCGAGAAUCCAAUGAAGCUGGCGAGACCACCAACGGAUACACAGUGGAGGCAGCAACUGAUUUGGGGGUAACGCUAAACUGGGACUACUUUCCUAUGACUUCGACGAUUAUCAAGGGCAUGCCGUAUGCGACAAUGGAGUAUGAAGCGAGGGUAAAUAGAAGGGGUGUCAGUAUGAACAUUCUGCCAACCAUCUAUUCGGAGGUUGAGUUGAUUGGCUCCAUGAAAGUUGAUGGAAGAAGUCAAGGAAAUUGUGACGAUCUUGGGCAGUUCUCGGUGGAACAAGAAGCUGAGCUAUUGUUUCAAAGUGGUGUCACAUGGAUGGUAUUCUUCUCGCGCCCUGCUUUCUUGCAGUGCUCGAAUGCCAAUGGUCGGUUUCUCCUUCAAGUUGUGGAAGACUUUGACAAAGACACCCCAUUUGUGCUUCGAGUCGCCAUGGUUGUUCCUCCAGAAAAUGAGGAGGCGUCAGAGGAAGCCUUUGCAAACAAAUACAAGGAAUUCUUGCGCAAACAUGUCAAUGUGUACCCCGGAUCGCAAUCCAGUGUGACUCACAGUGUGGGUGCGGCAAAGAACUAUGGGAAUGUCCUUUUUUCUUGGGAUCCUCAAGAGAUGAUAAGUGGUGGGGGAGGGAAACUAGCCAUGUUUGCAUUGCCGCAUCAUCAAGACCUUUUAUGGGAUAUUGUGGAAAAGGAUCUUUGCACCAUAUCUCUGCUCGGUCCGCUUUGUCCAAUUGUUGGUUCCUCAUGGAGCAUGAUUGAAAAUCUUCCCAAGGUUUCCUUCCGCGCACCUCGGCCUCCGAACCCUGAAAUGCUGGUAGAACUGGCGAAAGCACUGCAUUCGGACAUUCUAUAUCAAAUUCCAGAAAACUUCAAAAAAGGAGCUGGAGAUACAUACUUUUCCGGAAAGGCCCUUGGAAAACUCGCAAGAAUCCUUCUCAUUCAAGAAGAGAUUGCCCAACUUUGCCAAGACGGCAGUGGCGACUUUCUAGAGGCCUGCUUGGAUGUCAAAGAGCACAUGCCAACAGAAUUGGAAGUCAGCACGGCACUUGAGCAGCUUCGCGAUGGUGUGGAAAUUUGGUUGCAUGGAAACGCGCAAGCUCCUUUUGUGUAUGAUCCUGUUUGGGGCGGAGUUGUCAGUUGUGGAUGUACCUACAGUUACGGGAAUUGUUUGAACAAAGUUCCAAACUGCCCUGCCUUUACUGACAAACUUCUCAAUUUUGGAGGGGGCUUUUUCAGUGACCACCAUUUCCACUACGGAUAUCACGUCUACGCAGCCGCCGUUCUGAGCCACUUUGAUCCUCAAUGGGGGCGUCAGAAUUAUGAAGAUGUUUUGUUGUUGGUCCGAGACUUUGCCAAUCCAUCGUGGGAAGAUGACUUCUUUCCUCGUUUCCGGCAUAAGGAUUGGUAUCAAGGGCACUCAUGGGCAAAUGGGAUAAGCGUCAGCUUUAUGAAUGGAAUGAACCAAGAGUCAUCAAGCGAAGCUAUCCAUGCUUACGAGGCGGUUGCGCUUUUUGGAAAAACGCUGUAUGAUGCAUUCCAAGACGCUGGAGAUUCUGACAAAGCUGCUUCUGCAGAUGCUGUGUAUCGCGCUGGUUUGAUUUUGACUUCAACGGAAAUUCGUUCGUCACAACGUUACUACCAAGUAACGCAUACCAAUGAAGCCAAAAAGAUUUACCCUGAUGUUUACGAACCUGCUGUUGUUGGCAUCUUGUGGUCAACGAUGGCUCACUAUGGGACAUGGUUUGGCAACAAACCAUACUAUAUCUAUGGAAUACAGCUCUUGCCGUUGACUCCUGUUUCAGAAUUACGGGAUGAUGUCGAAUGGUCAAAGGAAAUGCUUCCUCCCUUUUCUAGCUCUUGUGAUGUAUCGUGCAGAACAAGCGGCUGGUCAGUUGGAGUACUUGCUAUUUUGGCCACAGUUGGACAUAAGGGAAUUGCUUUCGAACAGGCAAUUGAACUUCCUGACUCUUCAUUUGAAGGACCAGCGGGAGGUGGCCACUCCAGGAGUAACACCUUGUGGCAUAUUUCCACGCGACCAGAUGUUGACGAGCCAUUGCUCUUAGACACUUCGUUGCCCAACAUUGGCUCUGGUGGUGCCAUUUCCUGCUCUCAACCUACAUCAUGCACAGAACGAGUUUUGAGCACUUUGGCCGCAGGCUAUUCUUGCCAAAACAGAAUAGUAUGGUUGAUGGAUAACAAAGGUCUCUCUGAGACUGAUGCCUGCGCUGAAGUCGCUGUAAAAGAGUUUCCGAGUGAAUGCGGAGGCUGCGAUCCAAAAGUUAAUGAUGGGGGUGAUCAAGGAUCGGUUGAUACAGUGCAAUAUUGUGACAAACCAGCGACCUGCACCGAUGCUGUCCUGGAUACUGUAGCAGACGGAUUUUCAUGCAGAUCCCGAAUCGCAUGGCUCAUUAGCACAAUGAAAAUGUCACGAGACGAUGCAUGCUUUCAAAUCGCUACCCAAGAAUUCGCCACUGCUUGUGGUCCUUGUGAUCCUACUGGAUUUUGA